AUGCUGCAACCCGCCAAGCUCAGCAUCCACACCCGCCUCGACCCAACGAACAUCAAGAUGCACGCCUGGCUGGUGCUGCUUCUGGCGAUGGCUGUGGCCGACGCAGCUUCGGAGCCUUCCAAGCGGGCCGACUCUUUUCGAAACAUUGAACUUCUCUCGCGACGCAGCGCCCUCGACAAAAACUUCAUGCGUUUCGGACGAGGCGGAGACAAUUUCCUGAGAUUUGGGAAAUCAACGGAUGGCUUCAUGCGAUUCGGAAAAGCAAGCCCGCCAAACGACAAAGCAAAUUUUAUCAGAUUCGGCCGAGCGAACAGCGACAACAAUGGUAACUUCAUGCGAUUCGGUCGGAUGGAGAGUGAAGAAAGCGACGAGCGGCCAAAUGUGGCCGUCAAUGGAGCGCCAAUGGUCCGCUUAGGCAGACCAUCAGGCGGCCUCGAUAACAACAACUUCAUGCGCUUUGGAAGAGACAAGCAAAGUGAAGACGAGCAAAGGAGGCGGUAGACAUAUUUGCGCAGAUCUUAUUAUUCCCGAGUAAAUUAUUAAGUUGUUUUGUGUAACUGUGGCUGCUUUCCGACUUUCAAUAAAAAUAUCUGAGCCCAAGUA